CUCUCUCUCUCUCUCUCUCUCUCUCCAUUCCCUAACCCACUCUCUUCAGCCCCUAUCUAUUUCUCUCUUUUCUUUCAGUGGAAGCCUGGACACCAACACAGGGAGUUUUUUUUGUACGAGUUCAUAAACUUUCUCACCUGGAAUAAAAAAAAAACAACAACAACAAACAAGUCACGAGCGAGUUUCAUCGUUUGGGAAGAAAAAAAAAGCAGAAAGUAGGAAAAGGAGCAUUUGACAAACAAAACCAGUGAUGAGUCGCAGUAUCGUGCGCCAGAGUAAGUUCCGGCAUGUUUUCGGUCAAGCUGCGAAGCCGGAGCAGAGUUACGAUGACAUUCGGGUUUCCAAGGUGACGUGGGACAGCUCGUUCUGUGCAGUCAACCCCAAGUUCCUGGCAGUUAUAGUGGAGUCCAGUGGAGGAGGAGCCUUUUUGGUUUUGCCGCUUUCAAAGGUGGGACGUGUGGAUAAGAACUACCCCCUGGUGGUGGGACACUCUGGUCCUGUCCUGGACAUUGACUGGUGUCCCCACAAUGACAACAUCCUGGCAAGCGGCUCUGAAGACACCACUGCCAUGGUGUGGCAGAUACCAGACCAUACUCUAGCUCGGCCAAUCAGCGAGCCCAUUGUGGUGCUGGAGGGCCACUCCAAACGCGUGGGCAUCGUCAGCUGGCACCCCACUGCCCGCAACAUGCUUCUCACUGCAGGCAGUGAUAAUCUGAUCAUAAUCUGGAAUGUGGGCACCGGAGAGCCAUUGAUCACAAUGGAAGAUCACCCAGACCUCAUCUACAACGUCAGCUGGAAUCACAACGGAAGCCUGUUUUGCACAACUUGCAAAGAUCGGCGUCUUCGUGUUUGUGACCCGCGCAAGAGAGAGGUGGUGGCUGAGAGACUGGCGCCACAUGAAGGCAUUAGGCCCAUGAGAGCCAUCUUCACCAGAGAGGGUAACAUCUUCACUACAGGCUUUACCAGGAUGAGCCAGAGGGAGCUUGGCCUCUGGGACCCGACAAAUUUUGAGGAACCCAUCGCUCUUCUGGAGCUGGACACGAGUAAUGGGGUCUUAUUGCCGUUUUAUGAUCCCGACACCAGUCUGGUAUAUCUGUGUGGUAAGGGGGACAGCAGCAUUCGCUAUUUUGAGAUCACAGACGAGCCACCCUAUGUGCACUACCUCAGCACAUACAGUAGCAAGGAGCCACAGCGAGGCAUGGGCUUCAUGCCCAAGAGAGGAGUUGAUGUGAGCAAGUGUGAGAUUGCCAGAUUAUACAAGCUUCAUGAGAGGAAGUGUGAGCCUAUCAUGAUGACAGUCCCCAGAAAGUCAGAUCUGUUCCAGGACGACCUUUAUCCGGACACAGCAGGUCCAGAUCCUGCGCUGGAGCCUGAAGAGUGGCUGGAAGGGCGAGAUGAAGACCCUAUCCUAGUCUCGCUAAAGGAUGGCUACAUUCCCCCAAAGAACAGAGAGCUGAAGGUGGCUAAGAAGAAUGUUCUGGACACCAGGCCAGCACCGCGCAGGAGCAUGUCGUCUGUCGACGGAAGCACCUUGCCACCUCAGUUGUUGGAAAAACUUAUAGAGGAGAUUCAGAGUCUGAAGGCCGCCGUUCUCUCUCAAGAAAAGCGAAUCUGUGACUUAGAGAAUAAGCUCUCCAAGUACACCAACGGCACUGUCUGAGCGAUUCAGUAAAGCACAAUCACCCCUUGUACACACUGCCCAGCCACCCUGACCCCUCCAUAUAUGCACAUACAUAUUCCUCAUUACCACAGCAUUCACCCAAGUGCAUUCAUGACUUCGCUUAACGAGGCUAUAAGCAAUAGUACAAUUUUACUUACGAAUGCCUUAUAUCGUUCCCGAAUGUAGAAUAUAAAGGGGCGAUUAUUGCACAUUUGCUAUACAUGUGGCAAGUUCGAGCCAGCUUCAGUAAAAAUGAUACGCACUCACCAGCCACCUUAAUGUGAACACCCAUCGUCCUUCACAUCCAAUCAGCCAAUUAUUUUCAACAGUGCAAUGCAGGUACAGGUUUGGAAAAUCACCUGUGCCGAUUCAGUGGAACCUCAUGCGAUCUUCUGCUCAUGGUUUGACGUGUUCAGAGAUGCUUUUCUGCUCACCACGGUAGUAAAGAAUGGAUACUUGAGUAACUGUCAGAUUAAACCAGUCUGACCAUUCUCCUCUUCAUGAAGUUUCUUCCUUCAGAACUGCUGCUCACUGGAUUGGCUGAGUAGAUAAAUGCGCAGGAGUUCUUCUUAAGGUGGCUGGUGAGUCUAUAUUUAUGCAGGUUUUAAUCAGGCUAACAGUCAAAUCCUCUGUAGGAGCCACGGUAUGAACACCCUCACAUAGUAGACUUCACCUUCCAACCCUUCCUAGGUAGUAUCAGUCACAGGUUGAGAGAGAGUUAGAUUGUGAAUUGGCGAAAUGACCAAACUGGAAUCAAAAUUGGGUUAAAAAAGAGAUGUGAAAUGAAACGAGUAUUGAUUAUUACUGAAAAACAGUACAACUCUAAUGCAAUACACAGCUAACAAGGUAUUUUGCUUGUGAAUUUGAUCCCUAAAAUAAUCGUUCUCUACAUCAUUAGCAGGCCUUCACCAGAAUCUGAACAAAAUUGUUCACAUAUUGAUUGGAAUUGACCGUAUCCUACAUAUUCAGUAUUAUUGUUGUACAUAUUGUAUCGUCGCCUUAACAAGCAAAUUUUUAUCUUAUAUCUUAUCCUGAGGUUUUACACCCCGACUAAUCCUCAGGCACAGUGAGGUCUUCUGUCUGUGGCUCCUACAGUGAUGUGUUAAAAAACUGGCCCUUCCACUUGCCCAGCUCCUACGCUAACUCGUCCAUGAUUGACCAACAUGAAAGAUCUCAUGGGCUCUCAAAAUGUAAAUAUUCUUUAAAGAAAACAAAACUAGUAAGAUAUCAAAACCAAAGAAUAUAAAAAAAAAGUUGAGUUUUGUGUGUUCUAUAAAGGAUUUGUGAGAAUGAUAUCAAUAAAAACAUCUUUUUGUAAAAAA